AUGUCGGCCAACACUGCUCCCGCGCUUGUGCGCUCCGCGGCCGACUUUGCCGAAUACAAUGUGAGCGACGCCCAACCUGCCCACCGCGACGGGCCCCGAAAGGGCUUCGUGGAACGGUACAUCCACUCGGAGCUGUACAAGUGGUACGCGGGCGUCGUGUGCGUUAUUAUCCACGCCCACGCCGACGACAUCCUGCCCUACACGCGCGGCCACGUAUUCCAUGUGGAGCGGCAUUAUCAGCGUGGCGAUCCCGGCGACGUACACGAUCUACUCGUCAAGAAUAUGAGACUUGGGACUGCUUUCGCCGGCUAUUUCUCGUGGACGGGUCACCACCACACCGACUUGCCCACGGAGGCGGUCGUGCUGAUGCGCCGCCACGGGUUUACCACGUGGAGGAGGGGCUUGAAGGAGGCGGUCUAUCGAGCUGUGUAUACGACCAAGAAUGCCAAGUCGCAGACGACGGCGACGUUGCUGAGGGGUGUAUUUGACGCGGACCCGAAGAAUACAAAGGGCGAAUGGGAGGAUGGGGCGCCCACCGGGCCAGUCAAUGCAUUUGAGCCGCUGACGCGGGAUCAGGCACGGGAUACGCACGUCGUGAACGCGAGAGCCGGAGAGAGGGUUUGGGGCGUUUGGGUGCAGGAGGUGAAGUGUCAGGCUUUGUAUACCAGCAGCGUAUAUCAAGGGUAG